AAUUGGACAGUAAUCCGUGUCCAACUUCCACUUCAACUGGUAUAUGCUACAACAUUUCACAGCUGUCAAGGCCUCACUUUGGAUAGGACUGUGCUUGAUUGCUGCAGUGAUGUCUUUGCACAUGGUCGGCUGUACACUGCACUUACACAUGUGUGCAUGCAUCUUGACACAAGAAGUUUGGUCUCAGACUCUUGGGAGGGUACCGUGGCAAAUAUCCAAAAUUGUCAGCUACUGCUUCCCUGA